AUGAAGGUUCUCACGGUCCUGGGCCUCGUCUCGGCGGCGAGCGCCCACACGCUGUUUACGACGCUGUUCAUCAACGGCAAGAACCAGGGCGAUGGCACGUACCGUGAUGGCGGCAAGGCCGUCGCGUACACGUGCCCCGCGCCAGGCAAGGCCACGCUGACGUUCGAGUUCCGCAUGUACUCGACGGGCGAGCAGGAGGGCGCCAUCGCCGACGGCCACUUGGGACCCUGCGCCGUGUACGUCAAGAAGGUGGACGACAUGUACAAGGACACAGCGGUGGGCCCCGGGUGGUUCAAGAUCUGGGAGGACGGUCUCGACGCCAAGACGGGCGAGUGGUGCGUGACGCGCCUCAUCGCCAAGAAGGGCCUCUUGUCGGUCGACCUGCCGCCGGGCCUGCCGCGAGGGUACUACCUCGUGCGGCCCGAGAUCCUCGCUCUUCACAACGUGCCCGCAGCGGGCGACCCGCAGUUCUACGCCGGGUGCGCGCAGAUAUACGUCCAGGAUGGCCCCGAGGGCAAGCUCGACGUGCCCAAGGAGUUCCAGGCCAGCAUCCCCGGGUACGUCGCGAUGUCGUCCCCCGGCCUGACGUACAACAUCUACAACAAGCCGCUGCUGCCGUACCCGAUGCCGGGUCCCAAAGUGUACAUCCCCGCGGGCCCGCCUGCUGCCGGCAACAAUAAGCCACAGGACCUCUCGAGCUCGUCACCAACUGUUCAGAAGCCGGGUGACUUCAAGGGCGCGGUGCCCUCGGACUGUCUGAUCAAGAACGCAAACUGGUGCGCCAAGCCGCUGGCCAAGUACACGUCGGCGACUGGCUGCUGGGCGGCGACGAAGCAGUGCUACGAACAGAGCCAGACGUGCUGGGACAGCGCGCCGCCGAGCGGCAGCGCCAACUGCAAGGUGUGGCAGGACUACUGCAAGAGCAUGGAAGGCGUGUGUGGCGGCGGCAAGGACGUCUCGGGUCCGCCGGCGUUCCAGGGCAAGGAGCUGACGGCCAAGGUGCCGGGUGACAUUCCGAAGCCGUGGGACAACCACGAGCGGUCGACUGGAGGAGGAGCCGAUACGAACGCGACGGCGACGGCGACGGCGGUAGCGAGCGCCCCGGCGGCGGUGUCGUCCAUGCCGCCGUCGAACGGCACUGGGUACGGCUCUGAGGCGGCAGGGUCCAAGACGUCGACCGACGGGAGAUGCGGCGCUGACAAGGGCCAGACGUGCCGGGGCAGCGCCUACGGUAGCUGCUGCUCGAGCAUGAACUGGUGCGGGACGUCGAGUCGACACUGCGGCGAGGGAUGCCAGGGAAGCUUUGGCGACUGCAAGUGA